AUGGGGAUGCUGGGUGUGCAUGACGAGCCUGUCUGGUUCCUGGUGGCGGCCCGCCUGAUCUACUGCGUCGCAUCUCCGGGCAAUGUCUCAGGGCUGCGGUGCUUCUCUUCCGGCCGUGUCUCCGAUGGGGACCUCGCCCUCCCUCACCCUGAUUUUGUUUUUUCUAUUACGGACCCUCUCGCUCAUUCUCCGGCGAGCUGUGGCCCAUUGUGGGAGUGUACCCGGGCAGAUUGCGAGUGGCCUCCCCACCACCGCCGACGCGAGCUCCGGCGCAUCCUGCGGCGGCGGCGAUGUCGACCCUCUUCCGAAACCUUCCGUUCGCACGCCACUGCUGUUCCCUACCUGCGCAUUUGCCCCCGCAGCGGCUGCCGCUCCCGUCUCCAGCGAGUCCCCGCGGGGUGGUACCUCACUGCUCCUCCGCGUCCAGAUUCCAGAAGGCACAUCUGGAUAGUCACAGCUGCCACCUGCAUGCUUGGACGCCUUGUUGACUGGCGUAUCAAAAAGUCAGCAAUUUUCUUGAAACCUUUUGACAUCAUAUUGGUACAAGAUGCAUCUGCCAUGGAAGAUCAUAUUUCAAAUUCAGCAAUGUGUUGAUCGAAUUCAGAUUUGAAACAUGGUAUAUUGCGUUGAAGUUUGAUGUUGUGAAUAUAUUUUACAUAUUCUUUUUAUGUGAAUUUCUGAUAACACAGUAUGAUGAUUCCUCCUUCGUGAUCGUACAGGCCUAUUCAACCCUUCAAGUGUAUAUGGUCAAUCAUGUUUUGUGAA